GGGUUUAAUUUCUUCGCCGUUCACGGUUGAUGGAGCUUCGCGUCGCUUGUCUUUUUUCGGAUUGUUUCUUCGACAUCUCUGAAUCACCUGGUCUGUGGUUGUUCUACGGUUUCCGAAACAAUGGGACAGUUGAACAAGUCAAGAAGAUCGUCACCGUCCUGAACGAAGCUGAAGUUCCGCCUGAGGAGGUUGUGGAUGUUGUUGUGAGCCCUCCUUUUGUUUUCCUUAGUUUGGUGAAAAGCUUGCUGCGAUCUGAUUUUCAAGUUGCUGCACAGAAUUGUUGGGCAAGGAAAGGAGGUGCUUUCACAGGUGAAGUUAGUGCUGAGAUGCUUGUAAAUCUGGGCAUUCCUUGGGUCAUUUUGGGUCACUCUGAAAGGAGGCUAUUGUUGGGUGAAACAAAUGAGUUUGUGGGAGACAAAGUUGCAUAUGCACUCUCUCAAGGAUUAAAGGUGAUUGCCUGUGUUGGUGAGACACUAGAGCAGCGAGAAUCAGGAUCAACUAUGGAUAUUGUUGCUGCACAAACAAAAGCAAUUGCAGGCUGGAUAUCCGAUUGGAACAAUGUUGUGUUAGCCUAUGAGCCAGUUUGGGCCAUUGGAACUGGCAAAGUUGCAACCCCCACUCAGGCUCAGGAGGUUCACACAGCUCUAAGGAAAUUGCUUCAUGAUAAUGUGAGUCCUGAAGUUGCUGCAUCAACUAGGAUUAUAUAUGGAGGUUCUGUAAAUGGAGCCAAUUGCAAAGAACUGGCAGCACAACCUGAUGUUGAUGGGUUUCUUGUUGGUGGAGCUUCCUUGAAGCUGAAGAGUGUUUCUUGAUACAAGUGGCAGUUGGAUUUGUUCGCUUCUAUCAGCAUAGUCGACAUUGCCAAUUUAAUUGAAUAUGCACACUUGGAUGGAAUUGACACUGACACAUUUGUUUGUGAAAACAACCUGUUUGAAUGAAUGAAGCAAGCAUAUCGUACUGAAGGCAGUCUGCUGUUAGAGAAACAAUUGAAAUGAAAGGUGUCCUCUGACCAGGAAGGAAUUGCACCACCUUACAAAAACUUGUCCAUUGUUCAUGCUUGCUGUUUCUCGAUUAUGUUCUUAUGGCUAGUUGAUCAUACCUGGCUGUAAAAAGUGAUCAGCCCUUCUAUAACUCUGCUACACUUUGAUUUCCCAACCUGGUUUCUGACUUCUUUUCCUUUCUGU